AUGAGCUCCCAGAAGCCAAAUUCCAGCCCGCCGGCUCACGAAAUGGUGUAUUUCCCCAAGAUGAUAUCGGCUUUACCAGCUUCGUCAGGGGAGUUCCGAAAAGUAUUAUUUACGGGACUGUACUCUCAGGUGGUUUUGAUGAACGUUCCAGUUGGAGGAGACAUCGGGGAUGAAGUUCAUACCGUCGAUCAAGCCUUGACUUUCACAUCGGGCAAGGGCAAGGCCACCAUCAACGGCAAAGACCAGGAUGUUGAAGCCGGGGAUAUGAUGGUUGUUCCUGCAGGCACUCAGCAUCAAUUCGUCAAUACCGGAGACUCUCCUCUAGUUCUGUACACGAUUUACUCGCCUGCUGAGCACAAGGGUACAACCGUUCAUCAUACCAAGGAGCAAGGUGAUAAGGAGGAAGCGGAUGGUAUUGAUGAGGCUCCCAGUUGGAGUCAGAAGAGCAAGAAGGAGAACGAGGAUGCCGGGCUGGUGAAACUCAGUGGGAAGUACUAG